UGAAGUCCUAUAAUUCGUGGUGUUGGACAAGCAGUCUGUACUUUGAGCACACAACAUGAUCAGUUAGUGGGUUGAACAAAUGAGUAUCCACAUGUCUCGCAAAAAAAAAAAAAAAAUCAACAGAUCCAGUUACUUGCAAAAGAAAAGUUAUGGUUGCUUUGCAACCAGGAUUGCCUCCGGUAUUAGAUCAUGUUUUUCACCCAAAAGAAUUACAUUUGUGAGUUUGUGAUUUGGAAGAAGAAUAGUAUAGUAGAAUACACUCAAAACGACAAUCUUACGCAUAACCUGCUGUUCUGCAUCCCACAAGGAAAGCAAAGAAUUAUCCUCUGCUCGCAGCAGCUCACAACAGCCUGACAGUAGCAUCCUCUGUUUUCUCUGCAUGUACUGUAUGCCAUCUUUGUCACCAACGGAAGCUACGAAUCUAGCUAGCUACCAUUUGCUCCAUCAUAUCACUCCAGAGAUCGUAUACUCCAGAAAUUCUUGCGUGUUCAUGUCAUCAUCGUCUCUCUCUAACCAAUCCGACCUAAUAAUAAUAAUAACUUAUGAUUCUAUAUCCAUGUCGUCGUUAGCUUGAUUGGACACUCGUAUGCGAGCUAUAUAAAUGCAUGGUGAUCUCCUACUGUGCUAGCCAACAGACGAGCUCCAGGUGCGGUGCGGCCAUGGCGGGCGACGACAUCACGGUGCACGUGGAGUGGCUGGCGCGCCGGCUGACGCAGCAGCAGGAGGACGCGGCGGCGACGGAGCAUCACCGGAUCAUGGUGAACACCCUCCGCGUGUCCCGCGUCCCCGAGCACGUCCGCGACCACAACGCGGACGCCUACACGCCGGGGCUCGUCGCCGUCGGCCCGCUCCACACCGCGAACCGCCGGCUUCGCGCCGGCACCCGGCUCAAGAUGUCGUAUCUGAACAGCCUCAUCUCCCGCGGCCACCCAGACCCGGCGAGCCACCUCGCCGUCAUCCAGAACUACGUCCGCCUCGUCGCCGUCCGCGAGCGGGAGGCCCGCGCCAUGUACGCCGCCGAGGACGCCGACAUGAGCGCCGAGGAUUUGAUCCAGAUGCUGGUGCUCGACGGCUGCUUCGUCAUCGAGCACCUCGUCAACGUCGCCACGGGAGUGGAGGAGCCGUCGCUGCACGCCACGCCGUUCGGGCCCGUGCAGCUGUCCGUCGACCUCGUCCUCGCCGAGAACCAGAUCCCGUUCUUCGUCCUCGUCGACCUCAUCAAGAGCACCAGGCUGCCGGAGUUCGACACCACGGGGUACCAGCCGACGGAGCUGCUCAUGAAGCUGGUGCUUUACUACCUCGGCGGCGAGAAGGGCCGCGACAUGAGCGUGGGGCUGCCGGCCGCGGACGACGUCUGCCACAUCCUGCACCUGCUCCACGCGAUGGUCACCACGGCGCGCACCGGGUGGGAGCCGCCGCCGCGGCUCCAGGACGCGGCGCCGGUGGAGAUGAUGCGGGAGGCGGCGCGGCUGCUGCGUCGCCUCCCGCUGCUGCUCCUGGUGCCGCUGCUGUACCCGAUCCUUCCCGAGGAGAGCCGGUGGCGCGGGAGCUACGGGCGGGAGGACCUGCCGUCGGCGAGCGACCUGAAGCGGAUGUGGGUGCGGUUCCAGAAGGCGCGCGGCGGCAGCACGAGCAAGGCGCCGGCGGGGAUCGCGUCGGUGCUGGGCGCGGUGCCGCUGGCCGUGAAGCUGGCGCACGAGGACCGGCUGCGGCUGCCGCAGCUGCGGAUCGAGUUCCGGACGGCGCCGCUGCUGCUGAACCUGAUGGCGUUCGAGCAGUCGGCGGACCAGCGCGGCGGCGACGUGUCGGCGUACGUGUGGCUGAUGGCGAAGCUGGUGCAGUCGCCGGAGGACGCGGGGGUGCUGGUGGCGGCGGAGGUGGUGGCGGCGGCGUCGUCCGGGAGCGAGAGCAAGGAGGACGUGGCGCGGUUCUUCAGGCGCGUGGGCGCGGCGAGCGAGGCGGCGGCGGAGCUGGAGAAGAGCUACCUGGGAGAGACGGUGCAGAAGCUGCGGGAGCGGAGCCAGCACCCGCUCUUCAUGAUGUGGGCGGACGUGCAGCGCAACUACUUCACCGUGCCAUGGGCCGUCGUCGCCGAGUUCGUCGCCUUCAUCACCUUCAUCUCCACCAUACUGCAGACCUACGGAUCCUUCAAGCAUUGACACUGACUCCACCACACCAAAAAAAUCACCAAGUUACAAUUUUCUUGAAAAAAUAAUUUUAGUUUGUACGAUGACUUAUUUAUUUAUUUAUCUAUCUAUCUUUCCAUUAUUAAGGAUCCAAA